AUGGGUUGGAACAACCUAUUCGGCAAAAAGGGCGACUCGCUGACUCAAUCCAACUCCCAGCGCAACCUCAGUAAGGCUCGGCGGCAGAAAGGCGAGGCGGAGUCAUCCUCUCCAGGGGGGGCGCAAGCGGCGGAGGCGCAGGAGGCGGCGCAGCGCUCCCCGCAGGCGUCGCAGCAGCCGCUGGCGUCGCCCACGCAACUAUCCCCGAAACCGAUGGGUGCGGGGGGGCAGCAGGGGGUUCUGCAGCGGGGAGCACGCGACGAGCAGCAGCAGCGGCAACAGCAGCAGUUUGCGCAGCGCCCGCAAGCGCAGCCGUCGCAGGUGCAAGCGCACCCGCCGCCCCCUCCGCAGCAGCAAGCGCCGUUCUCUCAGCCGCUCAUGCAGGCUCCCCAUUGGACGGGCGGAGGCUCCGCCGCCGCCGCUACCGGGCGGAGAAGCGCGGAGCGCAGCAGAGCGCAGGAGGGCAUGGGCGGAACAGGGCCGGGGGGAACGAGCCCAAUGGGGGGGGUUAACAUGAGCGCAUUGGUUGGGGCGACGAUGGUUGGGGCAGUGGGGGGAGCAACUCCGCCCAGGGACGCGCGGGUGCCUGGCGCGGGCGCGGGAGGGGUGCAGGCGAAGGCGCAGCAGGACGACGGCAUGGGGCGAGGCGCGUACCCCGCCUCGCGCGACUACUACCCCUCGCAGGGCGUCCCCACGCCGCACGGCACAGCCUCGGGCGCAGCUUCGGAACCCUGGCGCCAAGCCAGCGAGGCAGGCUCGGCGGUACGGCCGUGGGAGGUGCUGGGGAGAAUGAAGGAGGAGGAGUGGGCGGCGUUCAAGGGGUGGGUGGAAUCCACGUGGCGGUGCCGCCGCUGUGGCAGCCCCAGGGACGAUCUCACCGAGCACCCUGUAGCCAUGGCCCUGCUGCAGCGCUGCGGUAUCACCCCCCCCAGCACCGCCGGCCAACCCGCCUCCUCCCCCCUCCACUCGGACGGCAGCGGAAGGUCCUCCGCACCUUCCUGGCAGCAGCAGAGAGGAGGGGAUGUGCAGAGGGGGGGUGUGGACGCGCGCAGUCACGGGGGCGGGUCCCCCCUGAAUCCCUCCUCGAAGCGCCACUCCUUCGAUGCCUCCCCCCUUGCCUCCACCACCACCGCCAGCACCUUCACCGCCGGGCUAGGCCCGGACGCAUGCCCGCACCUGCGCAGCAGCAGCGCGGACGGGGAGGGCAGCGGGGAGAACAGCGGGCGGCUCGGCCCUGGGGGGGACUACCAGGCGCAGGGGAACAGAAACUUUGACGAAAGCGCCCUGCAGGAGGUGCGCGCGCGGUUGGAGAUGGGGGGAGUGGGCGGAGGCGGGGGAAGAGGCGGAGGGGGGCCUGGGGGCGGGGGCGGGCUGGCGCGGACGAUGAGCAACACGGAGGUGCUGCAGAGGAAGCUGUUGGCGGCCAUCACGCGCGCGCACCAGGUGUAUUUCAUCGACAAGGAGCCGAACGGCAGCCUGGUGUUUGACUACCUGCUGUCCGCGCUGCUGGAGGUCACCGAGUCCAUGUUUGGAUUCAUCUCGUCCGCUCUGCUCAAGGCCGACGGCACACCGUACCUCAAGACGCACGCGAUGACGAACGUGGCGUGGAGCAAGGAGCUGCGCGCGUGGUACGCGGCGAACAGCCACAAGGGGUUGGUGUUCACCAACCUCAACACGCUGCACGGCACCGUCGUGCUCACAGGGCAGCAGGUGCUGACGAACGACGCUCGCAACGACCCCAGGUCGAGAGGAGUCCCUCCAGGCCACCCUUUGAUCGACAAGUUCAUGGGCAUCCCCCUCUACACCGGCACCGAGCUCAUCGGCGUCUUUGCCGUCGCCAACCGGGCGGCGGGGUACGACGAGCAGCUCGUGAAGGAGAUCGAGCCUCUCACCAUGACCAUCGCCCAGAUGAUCUAUGCCGUGAAUGAGCGGAAGAGGAGGAAGGAGGCGGAGCUUCACUUGUCGAGCGUAGUGCAGAGGGGGCGAGGAAGAGAGGGAGAUGGCAGAGCGCAGAGCACCCACGUCAUGUCCAUGAGCGAUAGAGGGGGAGAGGGAGGUGGAGGGGAGGAGGGCAGGAGGGAGAGGGCAGGAAGGGGCGAGAGGACAGCAGGAGGCAAGAGGGCAGCAGGCAGAGCGCAUAGCACCCACGUGACGUCCAUGAGCCUUUCUCUUGACGACUCUCUCAUGGACGCAUGGCACCCACUCUCUGCUCUCACCCCCUUCCCACCCUUCCAGGUGGCAAAGGAGGGAAUCAUGUCCCUGGCCCACAGCGGCCAUGUGACGUCAAUGAACCUGUCAGCGCGGCAGAUGUUUGGCUUCGCGCAGCCGGGGGACGCGCCCCUGCCGGGCAGCAUGCGCGAGGGCGUGGCGGCGCCCGCCAACCUGCAGCUCAAGGACCUGCUCGUGGAGAUCGAUGGGCACCGCGACAUGCUCACUGCUGGAGGGCUGGACCACGCGUCAGGGCAGGUGCACAAGGGCACUGGGUUCCGCACGGACGGCAGCACGUUCCCCCUCGAGAUCUCGCUGUCCAAGGGCAACUACGACACCGUCUUCUAUGUCGCGGUGCUCAGAGACAUCUCCGAACGACUCGAGGCGGAGAAGAAGCUCAAGGAGAGCGAGGAGCGGUGGCUGUAUGCCCUGUCGGGCAGUGAUGACGGCGUGUGGGACUGGAACGUGCGCGACAACACCAUGUUCUUCUCCGACCGCUGGAAGCAGAUGCUCGGCUACGAGCCGGGCGACAUUGGAUCGACGCUAGAUGACUGGGAGCGGCUGCUCCACCCGGAGGACAAGGACCGCGCGUACGCGGACCUGAAGGAGCAUCUGGACGGCGUGACGGCGCAGUUUGUGAACGAGCAGCGGCUGCGGUGCAAGGACGGGUCGUGGCGGUGGUUCCUGCACCGCGGCAAGCUGCUCUCCAAGACCGACGAUGGGGAGCCGCUGCGCUUUGUGGGCACGCACACGGACAUCACGGAUAGGAAGGUUGCGGAGCAGGCGAUGAUGGAUGCCAAGGACGAGGCUGAGAGGGUGUCUCGGGCCAAAGCAGAUUUCCUCGCUACAAUGAGCCACGAGAUCAGGACACCCAUGAACGGCGUGGUAGGCAUGACAGCCCUGCUCCUCGACACCGACUUAACCCCCGAGCAGCGCGACCGCGUGGUGACCAUUCGAGACUCGGGAGACAUGCUGCUGCAGAUCAUCAACGACAUCCUCGACUACUCCAAGAUCGAGUCGGGUAAGCUGGACAUGGAGCAGACGCUCUUCAACGUCGUUCAAGCAGUAGAGAGGGUCGCGGAGCUGCUCAUUCACAACGCCGAGUCCAAGGGGUUAGAUAUCGUGAUCGAGAUCGAGCCGGACACGCCCGUGUUCCUGGUGGGGGACGCCGGGCGCACGCUGCAGGUGCUGAUUAAUCUGGUGUCGAAUGCGAUCAAGUUCACUGAGAAGGGGUAUGUGAAGUUUCGGUUGGAGGCGGAGAUCGGCGCGCCGUGCCUGCUGCAGCUCCCCUCCUCCGCCUCCGCCUCUUCCGCCGCUGCUGCUGCUGCUGCCGCUGCUGCUGCAGCAGGGGGUGCUGCUGGGUCCCCUUUCAGGGAGUCUCCUGGUGCGAGUGGCACGAACAGUCCCGCGCACGGGGCGUCAGGGAGCAUUGGGGCGGCGAUGCUGGCAGCGCAGCAGGAGGCGCGGGCGGCAAGGGCACGCGCGCAGGAGGCAGCGGCGGCACAGGAGGCGGGGGUGCUGUACUGGGUGUGCCACGUCAGCGACACGGGGAUUGGUAUUCCCAAGGAGCGCAUUGGCCGACUUUUCACCAAGUUUUCGCAGGUGGACGCAUCCACAACACGAAGGUUCGGAGGAACAGGGCUCGGCCUAGCCAUCUCAAAGCAGCUGGUGGAGCUCAUGGGCGGCCGCAUCUCAGUGCACAGCGAGUUCCGCCGAGGCUCCACCUUCACAGUGCGCCUGCCCGUCAACACCCACCACCCCGCCUACGCCACCGUCGCCGCGCUCAACCCGCCGCUCCCCACACCCUCCACGCCCUCAGCCCACUCGGGCCACUCCGCGUCGCUGCCCUCCCCGGAUUCCCCUGCUGCGGCCGGCGCGCCGUCCAAGGCGCCGCCCUCCUCGUCCGGCCCGCUGCCCGUGCCGCUGGUUGUGCCUCCGGAGUUCCAAUCCAUUCGUGUGCUGCUCGUCAGCCCUCUGGAGGUGAGUGCCGCUCUAUACUUGCCCCUCCCCACCCCCUCCACGCCGUCCAAGGCGCCGCCCUCGUCCGGCCCGCUGCCCCUGCCACUGGUUGUACCGCCAGAGUUCCAAUCCAUUCGUGUGCUGCUCGUCAGCCCGCUGGAGGUGAGUCAAUCCGGUGCUCUUUUGUUGCGACUUUUGAGGCGCCUCAAGGGUCGUCGUUGGGUGCGCUGCCGGUGCCGCUGGUGCUGCCCCCGGAGUUCCGGUCCAUCCGCGUGCUGCUCGCCAGCCCGCUUGAGGUUCACCCCCUUCUCAGGUUCACCCCCUUCUCAGGUUCACCCCCUUCUCAGGUUCGCCCCCUUCUCAGGUUCACCCCCUUCUCAGGUUCACCCCCUUCUCAGGUUCGCCCCCUUCUCAGGUUCGCCCCCUUCUCAGGUGAGCACUAGCGCCAUGCAGAAGCAGCUGGAGGCAUGGAAGGUGACAGUGAGCGCCAUGCAGAAGCAGCUGGAGGCAUGGAAGGUGCCGCACGCGUGCCUCACCUGCACGCCAGAGGAGGCCUUCCUCAAACGCCUCCCGGCCGGCACUCUGCCGCCCUCGCCGCCCCUGCCAGCCAGCCAACCAGCGCCCGGCACGUGGCGAGACGGGUCGGCGCGCAAGGGGCUGGCGGAGGAUUACGAUUUGAUUGUGAUUGACUGCUCCAACAAGCCGCAGCUCAUUGACCCCAUGUCCUCUGCGGUGUUGGAGAUGGGAGCGCCCAAGUCCCCAUCCCCCCCAAUCCCCAUCCCCUCCAAGUCCCCAUCCCCCCCAAGUCCCCAUCCCCCCCAUCUCAUUCUUCCCCCCUCCCUCUCCGUCCCUCUCCCUCCCCUCCCCCCCCUACAGGCGGUGUUGGAGAUGCUGGGUCGGGAGCGAGUGGGGGUGGUGGUGCUGCUGAAGCGCUCUCAGGUGACGGAGAGGACAGAGGGCGAGCUCAAGGCUGUGCGCUACUGGCGUGACCGCUGCCCCGCCAUGCUCAAUAAGCCCAUGGUACGCCCCGCCAUGCUCAAUAAGCCCAUGGUACGCCCCGCCAUGCUCAAUAAGCCCAUGGUACGCCCCGCCAUGCUCAAUAAGCCCAUGGUACGCCCCGCCAUGCUCAAUAAGCCCAUGGUACGCCCCGCCAUGCUCAAUAAGCCCAUGGUACGCCCCGCCAUGCUCAAUAAGCCCAUGGUACGCCCCGCCAUGCUCAAUAAGCCCAUGGUACGCCCCGCCAUGCUCAAUAAGCCCAUGGUACGCCCCGCCAUGCUCAAUAAGCCCAUGGUACGCCCCGCAAUGCUCAAUAAGCCCAUGGUACGCCCCGCCAUGCUCAAUAAGCCCAUGGUACGCCCCGCCAUGCUCAAUAAGCCCAUGGUACGCCCCGCCAUGCUCAAUAAGCCCAUGGUACGCCCCGCCAUGCUCAAUAAGCCCAUGGUACGCCCCGCCAUGCUCAAUAAGCCCAUGGUACGCCCCGCCAUGCUCAAUAAGCCCAUGGUACGCCCCGCCAUGCUCAAUAAGCCCAUGGUACGCCCCGCCAUGCUCAAUAAGCCCAUGGUACGCCCCGCCAUGCUCAAUAAGCCCAUGGUACGCCCCGCCAUGCUCAAUAAGCCCAUGGUACGCCCCGCCAUGCUCAAUAAGCCCAUGGUACGCCCCGCCAUGCUCAAUAAGCCCAUGGUACGCCCCGCAAUGCUCAAUAAGCCCAUGGUACGCCCCGCCAUGCUCAAUAAGCCCAUGGUACGCCCCGCCAUGCUCAAUAAGCCCAUGGUACGCCCCGCCAUGCUCAAUAAGCCCAUGGUACGCCCCGCCAUGCUCAAUAAGCCCAUGGUACGCCCCGCCAUGCUCAAUAAGCCCAUGGUACGCCCCGCCAUGCUCAAUAAGCCCAUGGUACGCCCCGCCAUGCUCAAUAAGCCCAUGGUACGCCCCGCCAUGCUCAAUAAGCCCAUGGUACGCCCCGCAAUGCUCAAUAAGCCCAUGGUACGCCCCGCCAUGCUCAAUAAGCCCAUGGUACGCCCCGCCAUGCUCAAUAAGCCCAUGGUACGCCCCGCAAUGCUCAAUAAGCCCAUGGUACGCCCCGCCAUGCUCAAUAAGCCCAUGGUACGCCCCGCCAUGCUCAAUAAGCCCAUUGUACGCCCCGCCAUGCUCAAUAAGCCCAUGGUACGCCCCGCCAUGCUCAAUAAGCCCAUGGUACACCCUGCCAUGCUCAAUAAGCCCAUGGUACGCCCCGCCAUGCUCAAUAAGCCCAUGGUACGCCCCGCCAUGCUCAAUAAGCCCAUGGUACGCCCCGCCAUGCUCAAUAAGCCCAUGGUACGCCCCGCCAUGCUCAAUAAGCCCAUGGUACGCCCCGCCAUGCUCAAUAAGCCCAUGGUACGCCCCGCCAUGCUCAAUAAGCCCAUGGUACACCCUGCCAUGCUCAAUAAGCCCAUGGUACGCCCCGCCAUGCUCAAUAAGCCCAUGGUACGCCCCGCCAUGCUCAAUAAGCCCAUGGUACGCCCCGCCAUGCUCAAUAAGCCCAUGGUACGCCCCGCCAUGCUCAAUAAGCCCAUGGUACGCCCCGCCAUGCUCAAUAAGCCCAUGGCACUCCUGGAGGCAAAGGAAGCAGCCGUGCAGAUCACCAACGGCGAAGGGCUGUUUCUGUCUGCUGCCCCCUUAGUCUUUCUCUCUCCUCGUCCGCCCUCCCCUCCCCCCCACACGUGCAGGUGCGUGCGCCCCAAGGCACUGCUGGAAGCCAUGGAAUCGGCGAUGCAGAGCACACCGGGCGGCGACGGGCUGUUCGUGUCGUCGGGGCGGCGUCGGCAGCAGCCGCGGCCCGCUGCUCGGAGCAUGGGGCCCAAGCUGAGUGGCCGCAUCCUGCUCGCAGAAGACAACCUGGUGGGUGGGCGAACGAUAGGAAGGGUGGGGGUUCUUUUGGUUCGCAAACAAAGCUUGCUUAUACUGGAUACCAACGGACAGAACUACGGCAGGCAGGGUGGUAUGGUGGCAGGGUGGUAUGGUGGCAGGGUGGUAUGGUGGCAGGGUGGUAUGGUGGCAGGGUGGUAUGGUGGCAGGGUGAUAAACCAGAAGGUGGCCAAGUCGAUGCUGGCGCAGCUGGGCGUGAGCAUAGACAUCGCCAACAAUGGUGUGGAGGCCGUCAGCCUCUUCCAGAAGAACAAAUACAACCUCAUCCUCAUGGACUGCCAGGUCAGCAACCUCAUCCUCGUGGACUGCCAGAUGCCGGAGAUGGAUGGGUGGGCAGCGAGUCGCAGGAUCAGGGAGCUGGAGGCACAGCAGGCACAGCCAUCCGUCACCAUCGUCGCUCUUACGGCCAACGCUCUCAAGGGCGACAGGGAGCAGUGCCUGGCUGCCGGCAUGACAGACUACAUGUCCAAGCCUGUCAGCAAGGCCGCUCUGGAAAGGGUCCUCAGGCAAUACCUUGACAAGGCAUCAACUGAUGGAGGCGUGAAAUGA